AAGGUUGUGUUUCUGCGGACGGGUGAGAUGACACACGCACGCUGUCCGACCAGGCUGCUGUCUGUGGCUCUGAUUCUGGUCCUGGCUGCUUUCACACUGGAGGCGAAAGAAUGCGUGUGCAAUGGGAAGUCCAGGUGCCACUGCGGCGGAGUAAAAGGAAACAAAGGAGAGAAAGGGUACUCAGGGAUUGAAGGACCGCUUGGGUUGAAUGGGUUUCCGGGAAUGGAGGGACGAGCUGGACCAGUAGGCCCAAAGGGUUCCAAGGGUCUUCCUGGUGCUCUAGGAGGCAAAGGAAAACGGGGCUCUUUGGGGACACCAGGAUUUACUGGAGCUCCAGGGUUGCCAGGCACACCAGGGCACAUGGGAGAGAUGGGACUUCCUGGUUACUCAGGAUGCAAUGGGACAAAGGGUGAAAAAGGCUAUCCUGGUAUCCCAGGUUACCCUGGACCAGAUGGACCAAUGGGUGUUCAAGGAGCUCCUGGACUGAAGGGUGACUCAUCUUUGCCCCCCUAUGGAUAUAAAGGGCAACACGGACCGCAAGGAAGACCGGGCAUUCCCGGUCAGCCGGGGUUUUCUGGGGAGAUAGGCCCACCUGGGUCUCCAGGGACUAUCGGUACAUCGGGAGCUGGGGGUCUUCCUGGUCUGCUAGGGGAGAAGGGAAGGGAAGGCCGGAGCUCUGGUAUCCCUGGCCCCAGAGGGCAGAAGGGUGAUCGAGGUCCCCCCGGUAUUCCAGGGCCAAAAGGAAUUAAGCUGUACGCCACAGCACCCAAGGAUCUGAAGGGGGACUCAGGCCAAAAGGGUGAAAAGGGCUGUGUUGGAACCCCAGGUCGUGCUGGAGACUCAACGCUGACGGCAGUGAAAGGUGACCGAGGGGAUCCUGGUGGUGAGGUGAAGAUGGUUUACCUGGACCUCAGGGAGCCCCAGGGAGAGAAGGGUGAUUCAGAUGGUUACAUCCCAGGACCCCCCGGCCCAGAUGGACUAAUGGGGUUCCCUGGUCUCCCUGGUGACCCAGGCCCCCCAGGACCCAGUACAGGUGAACCGGAAGGCUCUCUGGGACCUCGAGGGCUGAAGGGACAGAAGGGAGUUCUGGGGGAACCAGGAGCAACGGGUCGGCCCGGAAUAACAGGGGACAACGGCGUGUCCUGCCUCUGUCCAGGGAAUGGAACCGAACACCCAGGCCUCCCUGGGCCUCCCGGUCAGCCAGGACACCCUGGUUUGGAUGGAUAUCCUGGUCAGAAAGGAGAUACAGGUGCCAAAGGACUCACAGGUCCCUCAGGUGUCCCGGGCCUGGAUGGCAGACCAGGUCCUCCAGGCUACACAGGGCAGAAGGGGGAAGGAGGCAUCGGUCUUCGGCCAGCGGAGAAAGGUGACAGAGGUUCAGCUGGAUCCCCCGGGAGACCCGGGCAACAGGGAGCGCAGGGGCGUCGUGGACUCCCUGGGCCCCGGGGCCAAUGGGGUCCCAAGGGCGAUUCGUAUGGGCUGCAAGGCUUGAAGGGGGAUCGGGGCCUUCUGGGGUCGCCUGGUCGUCAAGGAAACCAAGGACUAGCAGGAGUACCCGGGCUGCCAGGUUUUGGGCUACCCGGUUUUCCAGGACAGAAGGGCAAUCAAGGGGUCGAGGGAGCCCAGGGCAUACCUGGAGAACCAGGUGAAAAAGGGGAUCCCAUCAAUAUUUUGACUAACAGAGGAGACCCUGGUCCCAAAGGUUACAGGGGUGUCGCCGGGAUACCUGGUCCGCCAGGUAUAGGUGUUGGACACCCCGGAGUGCCGGGUUUACCUGGUUUUCCUGGCGAAAAGGGGGAGAAAGGCACUCCCGGAAGCCUGCACUUCGCAGGAGAGAAAGGUGACAGAGGCCCUCCCGGACAACCAGGUGCUCCUGGGGUGGGGGCCCCAGGACUCACAGGCAUUCCAGGACUCUCUGGGCCUCAAGGGGAAAAGGGCAGGGUGGAGUAUGGCCAUCCGGGGCCCGUGGGCAGGCCGGGACCCCCAGGUCAGAGUGGGGACCUUGGUACCCCAGGAGAUUUUGGGCAGAAGGGGUUUCCCGGACCUGCUGGAGGACCAGGACGAGAUGGUUCACCUGGAGAGAAAGGGGAAAAGGGGGUUGCUGGUGUUCAGGGGCCACCUGGCCUCGCUGGGCCCUGCCUAAGUCAUCCCGGUCCACCGGGUCCUCCUGGUCCGAGAGGAGAUGGAGGUUUCUCAGGGUCUCGAGGGUUGAAAGGACUGAGGGGGGAGCUGGGUCUGCCUGGGUUCGGCCCCCCCGGACCCAAGGGGGAGACUGGGCCACCUGGGGCUUCCUUACGUGGAGAGCGAGGACUGUCUGGGCCAAAGGGUGUCCAAGGGUCGGACGGCCUUCCUGGACUUCCAGGCCCCCAGGGAGAUCCAGGACUCUCAGGCCUACCUGGAUAUGGACCAGAUGGACCUCCUGGAUAUGACGGACCACCAGGACCAAGAGGGUCCCAGGGCCUCCCAGGCCCAGAAGGGUUCAGAGGAAGUUUGGGGACAGAGGGGGAUGCUGGGGCCCCUGGAGAACCAGGCCCACAGAAUAUUGUGGUGGGAAAUAAAGGUGACCCCGGACCUCCAGGUCGACAUGGGCCGACUGGUCUUAGAGGGGAUGCAGGACUGCGAGGACCCAAUGGACAAGAUGGGAGGGAUGGGAUACCAGGAAGGAAUGGCACUCCAGGGGCCCCUGGUGAGCCUGGUUUUGGGGGACAACCUGGCCACCCUGGACCUCAUGGAGACACUGGACCACGGGGACACCAAGGGUUAAAAGGAGUGAAAGGAGCCACAGGUGUUCCUGGGGGGAGAGGACCAUCUGGGGCACCUGGUAUACGGGGACCCAAAGGAGGGAAAGGAGAGCUCGGUAUCAGCAGACCUGGCCCAGCAGGGCCUCCAGGCCCAAAGGGAGAGCUUGGAUAUCCAGGUUUAUAUGGUGUGAAGGGUGAAAAGGGGGUUCUGGGGAAACCAGGGCUUCCUGGCCCCGAUGGAAGUCCUGGAGCCAAAGGAGACAAAGGACCCUCUGGAGAACCAGGACCCCGGGGCCUCCCCGGACAGAUUGGGGAUAAUGGAUCCAACGGUCUACCAGGACUUCCAGGGCCACAUGGCCCUCCAGGUAUUCCGGGGACUUCCGGCAUUCCGGGGACACCCGGACCUAGAGGGAACCAGGGCCAUGACAGCAUUCCGGGUCCCCCAGGGCAGAAGGGAGAACCAGGUGCACCACUUGGGAAUCCAGGUGUUCAGGGACCGAAAGGCCAUAUAGGUCAGAAAGGUGAACCCGGACAUCCUGGCCGUGAUGCACUGGGGCCCCCAGGACCACCCGGGGACAAGGGAUACCCAGGUCAGAGGGGACAUCCUGGUCCCCGUGGUAACCCUGGAGAAAACACAACCUGUUCUUCUGGCCCAAAAGGGGUGCCCGGUCCUGACGGCUGUCCCGGAGCUCCCGGACUACAAGGACCUCCAGGCCCUCCAGGGUAUCCAGGACAAGGCUAUAUUGGUGAUAAGGGGGAUGUUGGUCCACCUGGUCCAGGGGGUCUAAAUGGUUACAGAGGUGACCCUGGGGAGCCUGGUCCACCGGGACAACAGGGAGGUCCCGGAUUGCCUGGGAUUAAAGGUGAAAUGGGGCCCACUGGACACCCAGGACAAUUCGGUGAGAGAGGGGAUCCCAGUUCACAUCCUGGCUCCAAGGGCCCCCCCGGAGCGAAAGGCCCCCCAGGGCCACCAGGCCCAAAAGGAUAUGCAUUCAACGGGGAAGUUGUUCUGGCCCCAGGCGAUCGAGGGCCAGUUGGAAACCCAGGAUUUCCAGGGACUCCUGGCCCCACAGGUCCCCCAGGAAAACAAGGCCCUCAAGGGGUUCCUGGGCCCAAAGGCGUCUCCAGACGCGGCCGCCCGGGGCACCAGGGUUUUCCGGGACAGAAAGGAGAGAAGGGCCGCUCAGGACUCCCAGGGGAGCCGGGGUACGCGGGCCUCUCAGGACGGAGAGGCCUCCGGGGUCUCCCGGGGGGGGUGGUCCCGGCUGUGCAUGUGGAGAGCUUCCUGAUCACGAGACACAGCCAGACCACCAAGGACCCCCCCUGCCCCGCAGGCAGCACCAAGAUCUACUCUGGAUACUCCCUGCUGUACAUCAAGGCCAACGACAGGGGCCACGGCCAGGACCUGGGAACUCUGGGCAGCUGCUUGCGUCACUUCAGCACCAUGCCCUUUCUGUUCUGUGGCAUCAAUGGCACCUGUUGGUACUCGUCCCGCAACGACGACUCCUAUUGGCUGUCCACCGCUGCGGAGAUGCCCGAAGGCAUGGGGCUGAUUCCGGCUACAGAGAUGCCCAAGUUCAUCAGCAGGUGUUCGGUUUGUGAGACCAGCAGGAACACCAUCGCCGUUCACAGCCAAACCAGUGAGACCCCGGUCUGUCCCCAGGGCUGGGGUUCUGUCUGGACCGGGUUCUCUUUCGCCAUGCAAACAGCAGCUGGGGCAGAGGGCUCGGGGCAGCCGCUGGCCUCUCCCGGGUCCUGUCUGGAGACCUUCCGGCAGGUUCCCUUCAUCGAGUGCCACGGGGAUGGCAACUGCAACUACUACCCUGACUCGUACAGCUACUGGCUGGCCUCCCUCGACCCCAACAACAUGUUCGGAAAACCAGUUCCGCAGACGGUGAAGUGGCCAAGGCUGGAAAGCGUUGUUAGCCGCUGCCAGGUCUGCAUGAAAGUGAUGUAAAAAAAAAAAAAAAAGGGGUUCAAAUCUGACUCGCUGGAAAACAACCCCUUCCCCCACUCCAGUGUUCCGAAGAUCAUGUUUUAUUUAGUAUCUUCUGUUACAGGAUCAAGAAUCCUAACUGUAAUUAUUUCAGUUUCAGCCACUAAUCUCAACAGAAUUUCUAGAUAUUAUCAUUACUAUUACGAUUCGAAAAAACUGUCCUGUCUCGUGAGUUGUGGGCUCCAUGGUUACCGCUGUCACAAAGAAACUUGCUAGUUACAACGUAACAUUUCGUGUGGACUUUACACCCUAACUUCAAACUUGAUCAAACUUUCAACAGGCUGCUGGCCUGUACCUGAAAUCGAUUUAAUUUAUUUCAAUUGCACACAACGGUCUGCAAAACAGGCACUGGACGCAUUCUUCAUAAUCGAGAAUGCAAAGUAAUACAUUACUGACGCGCAAUUGUAAGCGUGUCAGGCUAAGGAUGCUAAUUUGGGAUCAGACUUCCUCUGUUCGCGUCUUAGAUUUAUCCACUAUGACAUAAACCUAAACUGAUUUUAAAUCAGCACUCUUACUCUGGGAUACAUGCUUUGCUAAUGUGCAUGUUCAUAUUCCUCUUAACAUUGACAAAAUAAAAGACGUAAUGGCCAUACCAUAUUACUUUGCUCUCACACUUGCGCAGUAGUAUUUGAAGAAUCCCGAACUAUGCUGUAGAAACAGGCAGCCGCUCCAGACUAAUUUUAAUUGUGUCCGCUAGGUGGCAGUAGACAGCUGAACGAGGGGCUCCAUGUUGCCAGUAAUAGUGCCGCUCAGCUCAAUCGCACAGUUCAGCUGAGUGUGAAAUUAAAACUUGGAGCAUAAUGUGGUGUAAUUGAACAGCAAAUAUUUAUUUCGCUACAGUGUCCAGACUGUUAUUUUUCCCCCAUAACACUUUAUUUCAACGCGGACAAAUCCCAAUACACUCUUAUGGAAAAAGUAGUAGGCCUACACUUAGGCAUACCCUAAGCAUAAUUAUAUGAACAUAAAUUAAUUUUCAGGUAUACUAAUGUUUACUAUAGUAUACUUUGUAAAUAGUAUACUAUUUAUAUACCUUGGACACUUCAAAAAUAGAAAAUACUAUUUUCCAGAUAGGAUGACACCUCAGUAAUUUCUUUAUUGUUUGUACGGAAAAUACUCUGUAAUGGCCCAUUGUUACAUAACAACAACCACACAGUCAAACCAUAACCAUAAAUCAGUCCACAUAAACCAUCACAGCAAACUUACAUAAUUAUCUGAGUUAUUACUUGUUAAACAAUGUGAGCCUUAGCAGCUAUACAGUGCUUACUUGAAAUUCACGUAUACUGUAGGCUAUUAACUGUGCCAGAAUGCUAUCUGUAAAUGUUAGCUUAAUAUAAAACGUUUUCUGUGUUCUCUGAGAUCAUUCUGCCAGUCCUGAAAUACAAAGAAGAAUUCAAUUAAU